AGCUAUCAUCUCUUUCUCUCUCUCUCUCAACAAAAUGCUCUUCAUCAUCAAAAGUUCAAAGCUUUCUAAUUUGUGGAUCUCUCUGUCAAAGGGUAUCUGUGUGUGUUUUUUACAGAGAUAUGGAGGAAGAUCAGAUCGUGAUGUUCGGCGUUCAUGAAACGCUGAGUUCUUUUAUGGAUGCAGCAAUUGAAUCUGAAGCAAAGAACAAGAGGAAGUAAAAUUGCAAUAGAGGUCGAAGUUCCAACAAUGGCGGAAUCCACUGUUAAGCUCACAACCAAAGACCUCAAAUCUCUUCUUCAACCAAUCACCAACGUUCUUCCUCGUGGUCAGAAACUCAUCUUCAAAGAAGUUCUUGAGUUAGCUGGAAACGCAAGCAAACAUCUGAAAGUGAAGAGGAUAACUCCACGGAAUUUACAGUUGGUGAUCAGAGGAGAUGAGGAGCUUGACACGCUCAUCAAAGGAAUCAUUGCCGGAGGUGGUGUGAUCCCACACAUCCACAAGUCUCUCAUUCUUACAGUGGGGACUAGUCUCAGUUGCGGUGGCAUUACACGCUUGAUAAACAGAUGGCUAAAUGCACCAUCACAAUACGUAUUACCUACCUUUGAUGAAUGAUAUUAUGUUUCAUGUUUCCUAUAAAUAAGAGACUUGCAAUGGAGACAAAAAAGUGUCAAAGUUUUUAACUAAGUCUCUUAUCCAACUUUACUCUUUAAAUACUAUUAAAAAUUUUUUAAGAGACACUUAAUCAGUCUCUAGGAUAAUGAUGCUCUAAAUCCUUUAUUCUAAUGGAUUAUAAAGAUAC